AUGGAGGUCAUCAAUGAAAACAGCAUAUACCAAUGGUGUGUAGAACACAAGAUUAAUACUCGAUGCAGUCUGGGUAUAGUAGGAGACCUUACUGGAGUUACUGAUGAUGAAGUGAUUACAGAGGCACUGAAAUUGUGUGGUGUGCGGGUCCCCUUAUUGGUGGACAAGUGGAAGGGAACGAUAGACGAUAUUAUAGCAGUAUUAAUCACAACACAGGAUUACUUGGAUCCUUCACUAAUACCGAUCAACAUAUUAGUAGGAGGAACUUCAGGUCGAAGGUGUCAGAUAAUAUGGCCAAAAAGAACUGAAGAGAGAGAUGGAGAGGCUACCGAAGCCGUAAAUACAAGCAAAGAGACAGAUCCUCAAGGGAACGAUGCCACUGGCAACGGUGAUAAUUCACAGCUCAAGACAACAGUAGGUGAAUCUAUAGAACCCCAGGUUGAAACCGUUAUGGAUAAAGUAGUGAGCCAAUUUGAAAGGUGGCACUAUGAAGGAGGCUAUAGGAGAUUACGAGUAUUCUCUGGCGUGAUACCUGUACCGACUGGAGAAGAAGGUUACGAUGCAUGGCGUGAGGCUGCCAUUCAACAUUCAGAGGAAUGGCGGUGCCCCGAAUAUAUUAAGAAGCAGAGGAUUGUUGAAAGUCUAAGGGGCCCCGCCAUGGGGAUAAUACAUGCUACUCGACGCAGCAACACUAAUGCAACAUUGAAGGAUUACUUUAAUGCGUUAGACUAUUCAUUUGGAACUAUUGAAGACAUUGGAGACAUAUUGGCCCGAUUAAAUAAUACUUACCAAGAACCCUCAGAACCACUCACUAAUUUUAUAUACCGAUUGGAUAAAAUAUUGUAUAAACUCCUGGAUAAAGGAGGGAUAGAGCAAUCGGAAAUGGAUGAACGUCGAUUAAAGCACUUAUUGCGAGGGGCACUGACCUCAAGCCCAGUAGCUCAGAGACUUAGAUGUAGUGGGGCUCGAGAUCGUCCACCUACAUUGAGUGAACUCAUUAAAGAUGUGAAAUUAGAGGAGGUCCAAAUUGACAAUAGAGAAAAAAAUAUCAAGAGGGUGAAAGUGGUAGUACCAACUGUAGUAUCCCCAAUCCCUGAUGUCACCUUAUCACAUGAUCGAAUGUGUAAACUUUUAGAAGAACAAAAUAAAAAGUUAGAUCAACUGAUAACAGUGCACAGCCGUAUUCCGUCACCAGUGAACCGAGGGAGAGGGAGAGGAAUGAAUCGACGGGGGGAUAAUAGAGAUCACAUAAUCUGCUACAGAUGUGGUCAGAUGGGACAUAGAUCUUUUGAGUGCCCACAAAUUGGAAAUUAUGGAAGAAACCACCCCAACCCCGUUGGAAAUCAGAAUGUUAAUCAUCCGGAAAACCAGGAAGGGACGUUGAUGACCCCCGCAUCAACUCCCGAACUAUAG